CCAAGAGACUAGAGGCAUAGGAGGAAAAAAAAAGCGAUGAGUUCGACAAAUAUAUGGAGCACAGGAAGCUCAGACUACUCGACUCCUGUAUUUUCACAGAAAAUGACGGUGUGGAUUCUGCUCCUGCUAUCGCUCUACCCCGGCCUCACAAGCCAAAAAUCUGAUGAUGACUAUGAAGAUUAUGCUUCUAACAAAACAUGGGUCUUGACUCCAAAAGUUCCUGAAGGUGAUGUCACUGUCAUCUUAAAUAAUCUCCUGGAAGGAUAUGACAAUAAACUUCGGCCUGAUAUAGGAGUGAAACCGACAUUAAUUCACACAGACAUGUACGUGAAUAGCAUCGGUCCCGUGAAUGCUAUCAAUAUGGAAUAUACAAUUGACAUAUUUUUUGCCCAGACAUGGUAUGACAGACGUCUGAAAUUUAACAGCACCAUUAAAGUCCUCCGAUUGAAUAGCAACAUGGUAGGGAAAAUCUGGAUUCCAGACACUUUCUUCAGAAACUCCAAAAAGGCUGAUGCACACUGGAUAACCACCCCUAAUAGGAUGCUGAGAAUUUGGAAUGAUGGUCGAGUGCUCUACACCUUAAGGUUGACAAUUGAUGCAGAGUGCCAGUUGCAGUUACACAAUUUUCCGAUGGACGAACAUUCCUGCCCCUUGGAGUUCUCCAGCUAUGGCUAUCCACGUGAAGAAAUUGUCUACCAAUGGAAGCGUAGUUCUGUUGAAGUGGGUGACACAAGAUCUUGGAGACUUUAUCAAUUUUCAUUUGUUGGACUGAGAAAUACCACUGAAGUAGUGAAGACAACUUCUGGAGAUUAUGUGGUCAUGUCUGUCUACUUUGACCUGAGCAGAAGGAUGGGAUACUUCACCAUCCAGACCUACAUCCCCUGCACACUCAUUGUUGUCCUAUCCUGGGUGUCUUUCUGGAUCAAUAAGGAUGCUGUUCCAGCCAGAACUUCCUUAGGUAUCACCACUGUCCUGACAAUGACCACCCUCAGCACCAUUGCCCGGAAGUCACUCCCCAAGGUCUCCUAUGUUACAGCAAUGGAUCUCUUUGUAUCUGUUUGCUUCAUCUUUGUCUUCUCUGCUUUGGUGGAAUAUGGCACCUUGCAUUAUUUUGUCAGCAACCGGAAACCAAGCAAGGAUAAAGACAAAAAGAAGAAAAACCCUGCCCCUACCAUUGAUAUUCGCCCAAGAUCAGCAACCAUUCAAAUGAACAAUGCCACUCACCUUCAAGAGAGAGAUGAAGAAUAUGGGUAUGAGUGUCUGGAUGGCAAGGACUGUGCCAGUUUCUUCUGCUGUUUUGAAGACUGUCGAACAGGAGCUUGGAGACAUGGAAGGAUACAUAUUCGUAUUGCCAAAAUGGACUCAUAUGCACGGAUCUUCUUCCCCACUGCAUUCUGCUUGUUCAAUCUGGUUUAUUGGGUUUCCUACCUUUACCUGUGAAAGAGGUAUGGGUUUUAUUGAUGUGGGUCUUAUUCACUAAAUCUCAUGGAGAGAAGAUGUCCUUUCUAAGUCCACUUAAAUAAUCCCCUGUGUGGUUUAUGAUAAUUUUGAAUUUGUUUGUUUCUAAGUUCUAACCUGCUAAA